UUCGGCCUUUACAAGAUCACAGCUUCUGGAACGUCUUCAGUCUUUAUUCGCGAUGGUGUCUUGCUUUGCGGUCAUAAUAGAAAUGUUAUAGCUGGUGAGAAGUGCCCUCGUAGUGUCUAAGGAACUUAUUUACAAAAAUGUGGAUUAGAAUCGAAGCUCUGCUAUGUUGCAUCCUCGCAACUACGUUAGCAACAAACGAAUCUCGUUCUAAGAAGAAAGAUGAUUCUAGAGGCAAAAGAACUUUAGAUUACACCAUUUCUCACAACCACAGUCCAGGUCCGAACACUAGAUUAGAAAGACGAAUAUCAGCUGGAAUUCCAAUUCCUCAAUUACCGCAGUAUCCUUUAUUCUACCCCAUCCAGAAACCCUUUGCUGUCUUCAGGAAAGGUCGACCAAAUGCGCCUGCACCACCGUAUGCGGUGCAAAUGGAGCCCGUGGUCCAUUAUUCGCAACCCGAUCCUCUGUAUGAUGAAAGCUUAGCUGACGGUACUAAUGAUUUGAAGUCGAGGGAUCUGGUGAAAGAAGAAACACAUAAUUCUAGAGUGUCAUAUGCGUAUCCUCCUGCGAAACACAUUGUGGAGCGGCCAAUUUACAUUAAGGAGCCGGAGCCCAUUAUUGAAAUUAUUAUUAAAGAAUCAAAUGUUACACUUCCACCGUUACCAACUCCCCCCGCUAUUGUGGCGCCACGUAAAAAGGAACAAGUGCAAGUAUUUUACGUCAAAUAUCAGAAAAAUCCAAAUGUUUACGGAAAGGAUAGCAUUGUUUAUGACAAACCGGUCCCAGCGUUGACGCCGCACGUACGAGAGGAGGUUGAACCGGAACCACAGCCACUUCCACACUAUGAAGCCUUGAAUACCGCUACCCUUCCUCCGCCUCCUAGCACCACUUUACGUGCUAUAGUAAAACCGGAGUCGGAAACAUACCAUGCUGAUAAAGGUAUUCACAUUACUUUUGGUAAAACUAUUAAUGAGCAACGCAAACGAUCUAACAUCGAUUCGAGAGGAGAGCCGACUCCAGAACAGGCUCACUCACGCGCUCAACCCCAAGCAAGGCAAUAUAAUCCAUAUCCGUCUCAACCUCUUUACCCGAAUAGACCACAGGAAAACGGUCAUGUUCCACAGUUUAGACCAGAGAGUACUGUGCAUCAUAACGAUUACAGAAAUCCUCCUCAACCCGCUCCAAUUAAACAAACGUCAUUCAACAGAGGAUUCUCUCGCGGGCCGUCUAUCCCUGCUAAUCCGCCACCUCAAGCAGUUACCAGAUCUCCACACCCAAGCUUCACAAAUCCACCUUUUCCACCACGCCCAACCUUUAACAACCAACCAAUCCAUCAGCGACAACCCGUUCCAUAUCAACCUUUUGAACAGACACAUCCGCAACCGCCGCAGGUACAAUUCCCCCGCACCCCAACGCAUUUUCCAGUCAAUCAACAAAAUCAGCAGUUGAACAAUGGUUUCCAGUUUAACCAGCAACAGUUCCAAAAUUCUCAACGGCCCGAAGUCAACACACAGUUCCGUCAACAGCAGCCUACUUUCCCACAGGCCCAACAUGCACAACAGCAGUUCAUUCACCACCAACAGCAGCCGCAUAAUUCUCCACAGCAAGCUCCACAUCAAAACCAAAUCCCACAGCAGUUACAUCAGAAUGCCCCCCAUCCUCAAUCGCACUUCUCACACAAUAUCAACCAUAACCAACAGGUGCACACGCCUCCACCACAUCAAAACCAAAUCCCACAACAUCAACAGCCUCAAUCGCAUUUCCCACAACAAAAUAUCAACCAUAACCAACAUGUGCAAACGUCUCCUCCACAUCAAAACCAAAUCCCACAACAUCAACAUCAGAAUGCCCUCCCCACUCAAUCGCUUCUCCCACAACAAAAUAUCAAUCAUAACCAACAGAUCCAAACAUCUCUAAUUCAAAAUCAACAGAACUUGCACUUCCCUACGCAACAAAGACCUCAGUUCCCUCAACAACGUCCUUCUCAACCAGAGAACAAUAGCGAAUUGCUUCGCUCACUCCCCAAAUAUGAACAACACGUAUCAUUCAACGUACCAUCAGCGCAAACCCAACCACAAAAGCCGGCCGUUCAACAACCUCAAGUAUCUCACCACCAACCGCACGUAAUUAACAUUCAGUCCAAUCAGCAAGACUACUCCCAUUUAGUUCAACAGCAAUUCAGACAAAACGCACCUCAACCGCAACAAAACGCCUUCUUCCACCAGACGCCUUCAAAACCAAUUAGUACUUCCCCACCAUCGACGACAACACCAUCCACUACAACUGAAGGUAGACUCACUGAAAAAGAUCUGAAGGAAUUAAACAUCCAGCUGCCCGACGAGGUCCCUGCGGACUUACGAGAGCAGUUGUUGUCGUCGGGAAUUUUGAAGAACGCCCAAAUUUCUGUGUUGGAUUACGAUAAAAUCGGCGACACCUCGAUUGCCGAUCUGCCUCCGGAUCAGUUGGCAAAUUUUUUUAGCGCCGGUGGUGGGCAAUUAGGUGUGGCAAGCGAAAACGUGCCGGUUGUUGUAAGGCCUAGCGGUGAUUCUGAUAUGGAAGGUUCCGAAUCGUCAAAUGAUGAGGUUAAAGUGCCACCACCCGUCGAAAUGAAGGUGGUUCGCUACGAUCCCGAUAGUCGCGAGGGACAGCAAGUUCCCGAGGCUUACAUCGAAGACGGGGCAAAGCAGCUGAACCCCGUGUCUCUCGAUGAUCAACAGUACACCAGGUAUUUGCCCGUUAAAGUCAAUGGUGCGGCAUUUCCUAUUCCCGACGUCCCCGAACUGAAGGGGCGGAAUAUUACUAGCGUGGUAGUACUGGCGCCUGUCGAUUUAAACGUUGAAGAGCCUCCACGAAGGGCGCGCGACGUAAAUCACAAAAAUGGAAGGUACUUGGCUGGGGAAGCCCUCAAGAAUUUGAUUAAGCAUCCGACAACAGAAAAUUUCAGGGAUUGGCUGGACAAAGAAAAUAAUACGAUCGCGGAAAAGCAGGCGGUGAUUCUUUUGGUUGCCGGAAAUUCUGAACCUAAUACGGGAGACAAGGAGAUAUUUAUGUACGAUUUGGGGACGCAGACGGUAAACAAACUUAGCGGGGAAUUGUCUUCCGCCUUUGUGGACGCGGCAGAGACGAAUUCGGGCCAAGAUCUAUCACCUCUUCAAAGUGCCGCAUCGAACGUGGUGGAAACCCGUAUUCCCUAUCCGAAUGGGCAGUUGGAGAGGAAGAAUUUUCAUGACGGUUUUGAUUUAGAGGAAGGGGCUUCGAAAUUUUACGAAGCCAAAAUUCCAGUGAUAGAUCCGGCGUCGGUAGAUGGCAUGUCAGCGGCCUCCGAGCAGUUUGAAAGGUUUGUGGACAUUUCGGGAAUGCCUAUACAUGGAGACCUAAUUACAGCAGCCAGCGGCGGUACAAGGGAAGUUUCAGUAAGUUCCGGACAUAGCAAGACUGGAUCUAGUAAAUUAUAAAUUAUAGCGAAAUAUUGGUUAUUAUUUAAUCACUGGAUUUUUUGAAAAAAAGGAUUGUUUUUUCAAAAAAUUCACUGUCGCUUUGUACAGAUUAUUUUAUACGUGUGUAAAUUAAAAGGUUAGUUAAAA